GUGCGGGCGAGCGGCCGGGUAACGGACAGGAGGUAUUCGGCGUGCGGGACGCAGGGGACCUGGCUCCCCAGACAAGCUGCUACUCGCCCCCCUGUGGCACCGGCAGGCCGACUGAUGGGCACCGCGGGGCCUUUAGAAGAAAGAAUGUAGCCUCGCUAAGAAUCUCAAAGAAUAGUCCGUGGUCUAGGACAUUCUGCAAGCUGUAAAAGAUGCGCAGUUUAAGUAUGUGGACUUUCCAGUAAUAAGUUGAAGUGCAUUUGGCAGCUAACCACCAAUCCAGCAGUCAGGCUUGAGUGACUUUGCUUGUUUAACUGCUACACAUAGGAAUCGCUAUUUCUGUAGAUAGCAGUUUGGCUGCUGGUUGUUGAUAAAAAAGCAGAUUAAAAAAUCAUGUCUGUUCAUGGUCUGGAAACUCAGCAUCCUACAUUCUUUCUUGGACCUGAAGAUGGAGAAUCUUUGCAACACAUGAAACAUGAAGAGUUUGACGACUUUGAUCAGGAUGAAGAAUAUGACUCCCCACCAGAAAGACAGAUUGUGGUUGGAAUUUGUGCCAUGGCCAAGAAGUCUAAGUCCAAGCCAAUGAGUGAGAUUCUAGGACGACUUUGCAAAUUCAAAUACAUCACUACUGUAAUUUUUGAAGAAGACACUAUACUAAAUGAGCCAGUGGAAAAAUGGCCACUUUGUGAUUGCCUCAUCUCUUUCCAUUCAAAAGGAUUUCUUUUGGACAAAGCAGUGGCCUAUGCAAAACUCAGGAAUCCAUUUGUUAUUAAUGAUUUGAACAUGCAAUAUGAUAUUCAAGACAGGAGAGAAGUUUAUCGAAUUUUGAAAGAGGAAGGGAUUGAACUGCCGCGCUAUGCAAUUUUAAAUCGUGAUCCAGAUAAACCUGAAGAAUGCAAUUUGAUAGAGGGUGAAGAUCAUGUGGAGGUCAAUGGCGACAUCUUUCAAAAACCAUUUGUGGAGAAACCAGUGAGUGCAGAGGACCACAAUGUUUACAUUUAUUAUCCAACAAGUGCUGGAGGGGGAAGCCAAAGACUCUUUCGAAAGAUUGGAAGUAGAAGCAGUGUCUAUUCUCCUGAAAGCAGUGUCCGAAAAACUGGAUCAUAUAUCUAUGAGCAAUUUAUGCCAACAGAUGGUACAGAUGUGAAGGUUUAUACAGUUGGUCCAGAUUAUGCUCAUGCGGAGGCACGCAAAUCUCCUGCCCUGGAUGGCAAGGUGGAACGUGACAGUGAAGGGAAGGAAGUUCGAUAUCCUGUCAUACUAAAUGCUAGAGAGAAGUUAAUUGCUUGGAAGGUUUGCCUCGCUUUUAAGCAAACAGUCUGUGGCUUCGAUCUCUUAAGAGCUAAUGGCCAAUCCUAUGUCUGUGAUGUUAAUGGCUUUAGCUUUGUGAAGAAUUCCAUGAAGUAUUAUGAUGAUUGUGCUAAGAUUUUAGGAAACAUCAUUAUGCGAGAGUUAGCUCCACAAUUUCGUAUCCCAUGGUCUAUCCCUACCGAAGCGGAGGACAUCCCUAUUGUACCCACCACGUCUGGCACUAUGAUGGAGCUCCGUUGUGUGAUUGCAGUAAUAAGGCAUGGGGAUCGAACUCCAAAGCAAAAAAUGAAAAUGGAAGUGAGGCACCAGAGAUUUUUUGAUCUCUUUGAGAAAUAUAAUGGAGGCAAAGCAGGAAAAAUAAAGCUCAAGAAGCCAAAGCAGCUACAGGAGGUCUUGGAUAUUGCAAGGCACCUUUUGGCAGAACUGGGUCAGAAUAAUGACUCGGAAAUAGAAGAAAGUAAAUCAAAACUUGAGCAACUUAAAACAGUGCUUGAAAUGUAUGGCCAUUUUUCUGGAAUAAAUCGUAAAGUUCAAUUAACAUACCUGCCCCUUGGGUGUCCAAAGACUUCAAGUGAAGAAGAUGAAAACAAGAAGGAAGAGCCUUCCCUGCUGCUGGUGUUAAAGUGGGGUGGAGAGUUGACUCCAGCAGGCAGAGUCCAAGCUGAAGAGCUAGGUCGUGCUUUCAGAUGUAUGUAUCCAGGAGGACAAGGAGAUUAUGCAGGAUUUCCAGGCUGUGGUUUGCUCCGAUUGCAUAGUACGUAUCGUCAUGAUUUGAAGAUCUAUGCUUCAGAUGAAGGGAGAGUUCAGAUGACAGCGGCAGCAUUUGCUAAGGGAUUGCUUGCGCUGGAAGGGGAGCUAACCCCAAUUCUUGUACAGAUGGUUAAAAGUGCUAACAUGAAUGGCUUGUUAGACAGUGACAGUGAUUCCCUGAGUAGUUGUCAGCAGCGUGUUAAAGCUCGGCUUCAUGAAAUUCUUCAGAAAGACCGAGACUUCACUGUUGAAGAUUAUGAAAAGCUUGCUCCAACUAAAAACAGUUCUAUAAUUAAGUCAAUGCAGUUUAUCAAAAAUCCUGUUAAAACCUGUGAUAAGGUCUACACCUUGAUUCAGAGCCUGACAUCCCAAAUUAGGCAGAGGAUGGAAGAUCCUAAAUCAGCUGAUAUUCAGCUUUAUCAUAGUGAAUCGCUUGAACUGAUGCUUAGACGAUGGGCUAAGUUAGAAAAGGAUGUCAAAAUGAAGAGUGGUCGAUAUGAUAUAAGUAAAAUUCCUGAUAUCUAUGACUGCAUAAAAUAUGAUGUUCAGCACAAUAGUUCCUUAAAACUGAAUGAUACAAUGGAACUGUAUCAGUUAUCAAAAUCACUGGCUGACAUCGUCAUACCUCAGGAAUACGGUAUUAACAAGGAUGAGAAAUUGGAUAUUGCCAAAGGGUAUUGUACUCCUUUGAUUAGAAAAAUUCGUUCCGACCUACAGAGAACGCAGGAUGAUGACACUGUCAACAAGCUCCAUCCACUAUACUCAAGAGGGGUGAUGUCCCCAGAGCGACAUGUUCGUACUCGGUUGUAUUUUACUAGUGAGAGCCAUGUACAUUCGCUUCUCUCUUUAUUGCGCUAUGGUGCCCUGUGUGAUGAGGUCAAAGAUGAACAGUGGAAAAGGGCAAUGGGUUAUCUAAAUUAUACCAGUGAACUUAAUUACAUGACGCAAAUUGUUAUCAUGUUGUAUGAAGACCCAAACAAGGACCUUACCUCAGAAGAACGAUUUCAUGUUGAAUUGCACUUUAGCCCUGGUGCUAAAGGGUGUGAAGAAGAUAAGAAUCUUCCAUCAGGUUUUGGAUACAGACCAGCAUCUCGUGAGAAUGACAGUGGAACCAAAGUCUUCCUGAAUAGUGAAAAUGAUGAGGAGUCUGUUUCAAGAAGGGAAGCUGCUGAAAAGUCCACAGUGUCGUUCAGGCCAAUGGUCUCAGAUCCCAUUUAUAUACAUCGAAAAUCCCCACUGCAACGAUCCAAGAAAAUAGGCUCAGUGGAAGAAGAGAGCCCCCUGAGUCUGUCUAGCCCAGAGUGUAGUGGUACCUGGAUGCAUUACACUAGUGGUGUGGGUGCUGGGCGUCGAAGACGCAGAUCAGGGGAACAAAUCACUUCUUCCCCUGUCUCCCCCAAAUCAUUGGCUUUCACAUCAAGUAUUUUUGGCUCAUGGCAACAGGUUUUUCAAUUUUCCUUCAUUUUUAUGAAAAUUGCCAUUUUCACUGGUCAAACAUUCACCGUAAUUCCUCAGGUGCUUCCAGAGUCCAGUAAUUUUUUACGAACUGGAAGGUCCCAUUCAGAACAGAAAUACACUGGACUUGGGUCUCACUGUGCAGGCUUGUUUAGCACUACUGUGCUGGGGGGUUCCUCGAGUGCACCUAACCUUCAGGAUUAUGCUCGUGCGCAUCGUAAAAAGCUGACAUCUUCUGGCUGUUUUGAUGACGCCACAUGCAGUUCUGCUGUAAAAAGAUUUUCUAUCUCAUUUGCUCGACACCCAACCAAUGGAUUUGAGCUUUAUUCCAUGGUGCCUUCCAUUUGCCCCCUUGAAACUCUUCAUAAUUCGCUAUCUCUGAAGCAAGUGGAUGAAUUUCUUACAUCAAUUCCUGAAAGUUAUGGCUGUCAUGAAUUUCCUGCUUUGUCCUCGGCUGCUUCAACUAUCUUAACUUUGGGGAGAAGGAGUUUAAAUACAUAUACGCCUAGAAAGAUACUUCCAGCACCUCAGUUGCCAGAUCAAGAAAGUAAUAAAUCUGCUUUCUGUGAAUUAACUUAAAGGUGACUUCGCUUAAAGGUGAAUUUCCUUGCAUUUUUGCUAUGCAGUCUCCGGUGGAUCCACCAGUGAUGUGCCUAUUGCCAGGCAGUCUUCAAUAACAGAAAAUUCACCCUCUGUUGGCCAAGGAGACAAAGUAACAACUUCAUUAAGCAUUAAAGGAAAAUAAAGCUGAUGAACGAAAGAAGUAAACUAGUCCAAACUAAGUUGUUCAGUGUGGAAAUGAAUGGAUAUGUCAAAAAUGAAACAGCAAAAUUUAAUCUUUGUGGACAAAUACUUAACAAAAAAUCUAUCAAUUUUGCAAAUGCCAAGUCAAAUUAUAUGGUUAAUAAAAACAAUAGAUGUUAGAAUGUCAUGUAUAUGUUGUUUUAAAGCUAUUGAGUUUUGGCUUGCAUACUUAACCAAGGUUGAAAUGCUAGAUUUUAAUAUUUUAUCCACAGGUGCAUCAUUUCUAGAAAUACUAAUACCUUGCAAUAGAAAAUAUGCACCGUAAAGAAAUCUCAUUCAGAACAUCAAGAAUCCCUUACAAGCUUAACUUCAAAAAUGGUUUAUUUAAUUAGUUUUUUUAUUGGAAAUUUUUUCUGUGUUAUAGACUAUAUUACAUAUAUUCCCCAAAAAUCCAUUGUGUUAAAAGGUUUGCUGUCAUCCUUUAUAAGCAAAAUUUUCUAAUUUUGUUUUAUUCCUGUAUCACUUCCACAGGAUAAUUUAUAAAGAAAUGUAAUUGUCACAGAUAACUAAUUUUUUUUUAUUUCAGUUUGUAUUUUCAAUUUGGAAUACCUAUAAAAUACAUACUGCAUAUUAGAGCAGAUGAUCCUGUGUGAUGUAAUAUCUUGUACAGACUUUUAAAUCUGAGUUUGUGGCUGUUACAGUUGACAAUAGUGAUUGAACUAUUUACCUCUUGUGCUCUACAAAAUCCAGGGUAUUUUAAGUAUGACUUGUGGGCUCCAUUCCUUGUCCCCAGCUCAUAAAAAGGGAUUUUUGCACCAUAUUUUUGGUCACAACAAACUUAACUGGAUGUGUUUGUCCUUGUUUCAAUUCCCACCAAUAUUCAUUUAAAUCUCUAAAUGAAAUAAGUUUUUGUGGACAGAGGUUCACAUCAAAGUAUUAUGUGCAAUUUUGAUGAAUUUUUUUGUCUGUAUGUAUGUGUAUAUGUAUAUAGAUGAAAAAGUCAUCAAAUUUUCCAUGGUUAAAUGAACUAUUUUGAGCUAUGGUACCUGAUAGAUAUUUUUAAAGUUGUAUAACAUGUUUAAGCUGGCACAGGAUUAUUUUUAUUUUGGAGAAUGCAAGCUAUUUAAAGCAGUUUUUUUUCUGCCAAGUUUAAAAAAUUUGUUUGACUGUAUGAAUGUGAAGCUUCUCUGUUUUAAGAAUGUUUACUGGAAUGUUUAAUGGAGCACCAUUUCAGUUUAAGGUAUCCUCUGUAAGGAGUUGUAUGUUCUCCCUCUGGAAUUCAUGGGGUUCUCUCUGAGUCCUCUGGUUUGCUCCCACAGUCUGAAAAUGUACUGGGUAGGUUAACUGGUGAUUGUAAAUUGUCCCUUGAUUAGGUUCAAGUAAAUCGGGAAUGAGAGGUGGCGCUGCUCAAAGGACUGUAAGGGCUUAUUCCACGAUGAAUAAAUACAUUAUAAAUAUCAAUUUGUUAUUUUAUGUUCCAGAUUCAGCUGUGAAUAAACUGAAUUUGAAAUGUUACAAUUUUCAAAAUAUAAAUCUGGUUGUAUGUUUUUAUAUGAAAUGGAUUGCAGAUAUGUUUUGUAAAGUAGAUUUUAUGUAUGUGUAUAUAUAGGUCAGUACUUUUAUUUUUAUCUACAAAUAUGUUACAGACUCACUGCUUUCACCUUGACAACUCUGUCCCAGUGUAAAUUAUUCUCGUGGUUACAGAUUAUGGAAUAUUUUCUCUUGCAGAGGUUGCUGCAUGCAGUGAAAUUUUGAGUAAACCACUUUAAAUAUAUAAUGAGAAUAUUUUAUUUGUAACUUGAGAGCCUGUUUCAUCACCUUUAAAUUGUUAACUCUAGUUUUAAACAAUAAUUUGAUAUCUUCUGGACAACAUUUCAAUUGUUAUAAAUCAGCGCUAUUAUAAGUGUAUCGAGUUUACAAAAUAAACCAGUUUACUGAGUUGUAUCAUUAAAGUAUAGUUGUGUAUAGAGCGAAUUUUUUUUUUAACUGUUUAUAAAGAUUUCUGAAUGAAUUUUUCAGCAGUUGCUUCAAUCAAGUUCAGGUUUAUUGUCAUUCAAUCAUAUACAUGUGUACCACCAAAAGAAACAAUGCUCCAGACCAAGGUGCACAAAACAGUACAUAUAACUCACAACACAAAGGCAAUAGUACCACAAUAAAUUAACAAAUAAUAAGUUGCAUUUACAGCAGUAUAUGCUACUGACACUUCAUGCGUGAUGAGACCUGAGAGAUGGUAUGAAAGUCAAUAGUCUUAUAGCCUGGGGGAAGAAGUUGUUUCAUAUCCUAAUCAUCUUCUCUUAAUGCUAUGGUACCUUCUGCCUGAUGGUAGAGGAUUAAAGAGAUUGCUGGAUGAAUGUGGGGGAUCAUUGACAAUAUUAAGAGCCCUGCAUAUGUAAUGCUCAUGAUAAGUACUUUGGAGUGUUGAAAGAAAGACCCUGAUGAUCCUCUCAGCAGACCUCGCAAUUCUUUAUAGGGUCUUGCAAAACAAAUGUCUUGCAAUUCCUGUCCAAGAUAGUGUUUCAGCCAGUCGGGACGCUCUCAAUGGUGCUCCUGUAAAAAUUGGUUAGCAAGUGGAGACGCUACUGUGCUUUCUUUUUAUUCCAAUGACUUGACAGAAUCUCUUUCCAUGAUAAUGACCUGUGUCAGUUUUAGUCAGACUGCUGAAACUGCAGUAGCCAGUUAUCAUGAAAAAUCACUUGGUCUUUAAUUGUAUAAAAUAGUGUUUUCUUUUUUAAAAAGAAACAUUCUUAAUUUCACAACCUUGCUGAAAUGAUUUUUUGAGAACUCUUGGUAUAAUGAUUUGGUACAGAAUGGGGAAAUCUUUCAUUUUGGUUCCUUAUGAAUAAAUUGCAAACUAAAAUGUUUUUAUAAAGAAGCUCAAAUGUGUUGCUUGAUUUUACUUGUAACUAUGUCAUAGUUCUAAAUAUUUUGGAAUAAUGUACUAUCAUUAAGUAUUUUGUGGUUUGGCACACUCCAGAUGGGUCAAAAGCCUAGUUCUGUGUGUACUUUUCUAUGACUAUUUAUACAGUGAUAUCGUAUUUUUAAAAUUGUAUAAAAGAU